UACAACUUUUUAUUGUGGAAUCACGACUAUUUAAGUGUGAAAUUGACAGUGAACUGGUUCGUUCGUGAUUUAAAAAAAACGAUUGCUAAUAACUCAACUUCACGGAAAAGACACCACAAUGAAGUUUCGCAAAACAAAGGGAGCCAUAUCCAACCUGAUGACCAGCAAGGCAGAUCAUAUACUCCAGAAGGUGAUCCACCGGGUACAGGUAGAGGGUCUUACAAUCCCGUGUGCUGUGAUGGUACUUCCGUGUCCGGUGAGUCCGACUAUGCUAGAUGGUUGAGAACCAUAGAAAAUUUACGGUCAACGGGUUCAAGUAGGUCGACUAAUUUUGUGAAUGAAAAGGUACUGCCGCUAUUUGAUCCGCGAAACAAGCAAUUAUCAGCAAGCGACUGGUUGAGGAAGGUCGAAAUGUGUGCGAUGAUGUACGGGUGGGACGACAUACAAAAAAUGUAUUUUGCGCAGUUAAAAUUAAGCGGCAUAGCUAGACAGUGGUAUGACGGAUUGAGAACUCCACCGAUUACGUGGGUAGAAUUUAAAUGUACGGUGUCCCGUCAGUUUGCGCAGGAUGAAAAUUUCGGGAAAUAUUUUAGAGAGGCUGAUAGAUAUACAAGUUCGAUGGCCGCAUCAUUGCAAGAGUAUUGUUACGAAAAAAUAAGUCGGAUCAAUCGUCUGGGAUUCGAUAUCCCCGAAGAGAAAUUAGUCCAAUUCAUCAUAUUCAGUAUUGAUGAUGAGAAUAUCCGGAACAGUUUAUUAGGGUCAACUAGAACAACAAUUGCGGAAUUGAGUAGUUGUUUGGGAAAUUUUGAUUCAAAAAGCUUGAAAGAAGCAAGAAUUACGACAGAAAAAAGAUCUUUUAGUCAAAAUGGGCCGAGAAAUAGGGAUAAACGCAUGGAAAAAGUUAUUUGUUUUAAUUGUGGCCAAAGGGGGCAUCGUAAAAAUAAUUGCCCAAAUAAUAAAGAAAAUCAUAACGAACUUAACAGCAACAAAACCAACUCACAACUAGCACAUACUUUCCAAAAUUAUGAUAAAUCGAGAAACAAAUGCAGCUAUUGUUAUCUGGCUGGCCAUAAGGAAAGCCAGUGUUAUAAGAAAAAGAGGGAGGAAGAAGGGAAAAAGAAAGCAUGACUAACCCGAGAAGGAAAAACUUC